ACGUGCUCCCGGCGCUGGCGCGAGAGAGCCAGCGCCACCGCCGCGGGCCCCGCAGCGGUUCUGCCUGCUGUCACAGCUGCCUCCGUCGCUGCCACUAGCGCUCCAGCUGCAGCCGAGGCCGCUACGAGAGCGCAGGAAGCCCGGGAGGAGCGUCUGGCCAGGGGCGCAAGGCUCAGGGCGCGCACCUGGUUUUGAAGAUCAUGAUUGCAUGGAUACCUCUAACUAAAUGGUACCUGGGGACAUGGUGGUCCUUUAGAGAACGCAUCUAAAUUGCUGGCUGAUUCCUUGGUUUGCCACUCAACGUAGGACGUUGUUUGAUUGUAUGUAUCAGAACUCCACUAAAUUUUCCCACCAUGCUAUCUUUAUUAGCUUGAACUCCUUUCCUAAAAUGGUCCUUCUGUUGAUCCUGUCAGUCCUGCUAUUGAAAGAAGAUGUCCGUGGGAGUGCACAGUCCAAUGAGAGGAGGGUGGUGGCUCACAUGCCAGGAGACAUCAUUAUCGGAGCUCUCUUUUCUGUCCACCACCAGCCUACCGUGGACAAAGUUCACGAGAGGAAGUGUGGGGCAGUCCGUGAACAGUAUGGCAUUCAAAGAGUGGAGGCCAUGCUGCACACCCUGGAAAGAAUCAAUUCAGACCCCACACUCUUGCCCAACAUCACACUGGGCUGUGAGAUAAGGGAUUCCUGCUGGCAUUCGGCUGUGGCCCUAGAGCAGAGCAUUGAGUUCAUAAGAGAUUCACUCAUUUCUUCAGAAGAGGAAGAGGGCUUGGUACGCUGUGUGGAUGGCUCUUCUUCUUCCUUCCGUUCCAAGAAGCCCAUAGUAGGGGUCAUUGGGCCUGGCUCCAGUUCUGUGGCCAUUCAGGUCCAGAACUUGCUCCAGCUUUUCAACAUACCUCAGAUUGCUUACUCAGCAACCAGCAUGGAUCUGAGUGACAAGACUCUGUUCAAGUACUUCAUGAGGGUUGUGCCUUCAGAUGCCCAGCAGGCACGAGCCAUGGUGGACAUAGUGAAGAGGUACAACUGGACUUAUGUGUCAGCUGUGCACACAGAAGGCAACUAUGGAGAAAGUGGGAUGGAAGCUUUCAAAGAUAUGUCAGCAAAGGAGGGGAUUUGCAUCGCGCACUCUUAUAAAAUCUACAGCAAUGCAGGGGAGCAGAGCUUCGAUAAGCUGUUGAAGAAGCUCACAAGUCAUCUGCCCAAGGCCCGGGUGGUGGCCUGCUUCUGUGAGGGUAUGACGGUGAGAGGCCUGCUGAUGGCCAUGAGGCGCCUGGGUCUAGCAGGAGAAUUUCUGCUUCUGGGCAGUGAUGGCUGGGCCGACAGGUAUGACGUGACAGAUGGAUAUCAGCGAGAAGCUGUUGGUGGAAUUACAAUCAAGCUCCAAUCUCCCGAUGUCAAGUGGUUUGAUGAUUAUUAUCUGAAGCUCCGGCCAGAAACAAACCUCCGAAACCCUUGGUUUCAAGAAUUUUGGCAGCAUCGUUUUCAGUGCCGGCUGGAAGGGUUUGCCCAGGAGAACAGCAAAUACAACAAGACUUGCAAUAGUUCUCUAACUCUGAGAACACAUCAUGUUCAAGAUUCCAAAAUGGGAUUUGUGAUCAACGCAAUCUAUUCCAUGGCCUAUGGGCUCCACAACAUGCAGAUGUCCCUCUGCCCAGGCUACGCAGGACUUUGUGAUGCAAUGAAGCCAAUUGAUGGACGGAAACUUUUGGACUCCCUGAUGAAAACCAAUUUUACUGGAGUUUCUGGAGAUAUGAUCCUAUUCGAUGAGAAUGGAGACUCUCCAGGAAGGUAUGAAAUAAUGAAUUUCAAGGAAAUGGGAAAAGAUUAUUUUGAUUACAUUAAUGUUGGAAGUUGGGACAAUGGAGAAUUAAAAAUGGAUGAUGAUGAGGUAUGGUCCAAGAAAAACAACAUCAUCAGAUCUGUAUGCAGUGAACCAUGUGAGAAAGGCCAGAUAAAGGUGAUCCGGAAGGGAGAAGUCAGCUGUUGUUGGACCUGUACACCUUGUAAAGAGAAUGAGUAUGUCUUUGAUGAAUACACCUGCAAAGCAUGCCAGCUGGGGUCCUGGCCCACUGAUGAUCUUACAGGUUGUGAUUUGAUCCCAGUACAGUAUCUUCGAUGGGGUGACCCUGAGCCCAUCGCAGCCGUGGUGUUUGCCUGUCUGGGUCUGCUGGCUACCCUGUUUGUUACUGCAGUCUUCAUCAUUUACCGUGACACACCAGUAGUCAAGUCCUCCAGCAGGGAACUCUGCUACAUCAUCCUCGCUGGCAUCUGCCUGGGCUACUUGUGUACCUUCUGUCUCAUUGCAAAACCCAAACAGAUUUAUUGCUACCUUCAGAGAAUUGGCAUUGGUCUCUCUCCAGCCAUGAGCUAUUCGGCCCUUGUAACCAAGACCAACCGUAUUGCAAGGAUCCUGGCUGGCAGCAAGAAGAAGAUCUGUACCAAAAAGCCCAGAUUCAUGAGUGCCUGUGCUCAGCUUGUGAUUGCUUUCAUUCUCAUAUGCAUCCAGCUGGGUAUCAUCAUCGCCCUCUUUAUAAUGGAGCCUCCUGACAUAAUGCAUGACUACCCAAGCAUUCGGGAAGUCUACCUGAUCUGCAACACCACCAACCUAGGAGUGGUCACUCCUCUCGGAUACAAUGGAUUGUUGAUUUUAAGCUGCACCUUCUAUGCUUUCAAGACCAGAAAUGUUCCGGCUAACUUCAACGAGGCCAAGUACAUCGCCUUCACAAUGUAUACCACCUGCAUUAUAUGGCUGGCCUUUGUGCCAAUCUACUUUGGCAGCAACUACAAAAUUAUCACCAUGUGUUUCUCAGUCAGCCUCAGUGCCACAGUGGCCCUAGGCUGCAUGUUUGUGCCGAAGGUGUACAUCAUCCUGGCCAAACCAGAGAGAAAUGUGCGCAGCGCCUUCACCACGUCCACUGUGGUGCGCAUGCAUGUGGGGGAUGGCAAGUCAUCCUCUGCAGCCAGCAGAUCCAGCAGCCUAGUCAACCUUUGGAAAAGGAGGGGAUCCUCUGGAGAAACCCUAAGGUACAAAGACAGGAGACUGGCCCAGCACAAGUCGGAAAUAGAGUGUUUCACCCCCAAAGGGAGUAUGGGGAAUGGUGGGAGAGCAACAAUGAGCAGCUCUAACGGAAAAUCCGUCACGUGGGCCCAGAACGAGAAGAGCAGCCGGGGGCAGCACCUGUGGCAGCGGCUGUCCAUCCACAUCAACAGGAAAGAGAACCCCAACCAAACGGCCGUCAUCAAGCCCUUCCCCAAGAGCGCCGAGAGCCGAGGCCCGGGCGCGGGCGCGGGGGCCACGAGCGGCGCGGGCGGCGCGGGCGGCGCGAGCGGGGCGAGCUGCACGGGCGGCGGCCCGGGCGGGCCCGAGCCCCCCGACGCCGGCCCGCAGGCGCUGUACGACGUAGCCGAGACCGAGGAGCACUUGCCGCCCGCGCGGCCGCGCUCGCCGUCGCCCAUCAGCACGCUGAGCCGCCGCGCCGGCUCGGCCAGCCGCACGGACGACGACGCGCCGUCGCUGCACUCGGAGCCCGCGGCGCGCAGCAGCUCCUCGCAGGGCUCCCUCCUGGAGCAGAUCAGCAGCGUGGUGACCCGCUUCACGGCCAACAUCAGCGAGCUCAACUCCAUGAUGCUGUCCACCGCGGCUCCCGGCCCCGGCGUGGGCGCCCCGCUCUGCUCUUCCUACCUGAUCCCCAAGGAGAUUCAGCUGCCCACGACCAUGACGACGUUCGCCGAAAUCCAGCCCUUGCCGGCCAUCGAGGUCACGGGCGGCGCGCAGCCCGUGGCUGGGCUCCCGUCGGCUGGGGGCGCUGCAGGGGAGGCACCCGCGGCCGGGCCUGAGGCUGCGGCCGGCAAGCAAGACCUGGAGGAGCUGGUGGCUCUCACCCCGCCGUCCCCCUUCAGAGACUCAGUGGACUCGGGGAGCACAACCCCCAACUCGCCAGUGUCCGAGUCGGCGCUCUGCAUCCCAUCGUCUCCCAAAUAUGACACUCUCAUCAUAAGAGAUUACACUCAGAGCUCCUCGUCGUUGUGA